AUCCUCGCACUCAUCACUAUAAGGAGAAUAAUUUCAACCAUCCAUUUCUCUAAAACCCCAAAACCAAAUUGCAAUUUACACCAACCAACAACAUGUUCAUCAACCAUAGAAGCAAGCGUCGGUCAAAUUAUGGGAUUUCCCGAGAUUAUUCCCAUGGAGGGUGAGCCGGCACCGGAUCUUGGUGUAGAACUUGGACGUCACCAGCCUCCCCAAAAUAUAGGCUCUGGACCGGACGGUGAAGGUCAGGUUGAGAGGGACGGCGACUCUGCCCAUGUCGGUGAAGGCAUUCGACAGCACCGGCACACCGCCGUACAUCGGGACUUGGCGCGCGUUGACGAC